CUUUAAUCGACCUUCAUGGGAACACCGUGUUUACCUUCAUUUUCGUUCCCACUCGAUGUUUACUUCUCUCUACGGGGAAACGAAUUCAAAUAUAACGAACAUAUGUAUAAUAAGUAACAGUACAAUUGAAAUUUACGGGAGAGCUUGUAUUGUUUGUGGAAGAAAAUGAUCGUACAUCGACUUGAUAGAUUUCUUUUAUUUUUCUUUAUGUGGUUUGGCAUUUUGCUGCUCUUGAGUCAAUUUUAAUUAUAUUUAAGAAUUGUCUGUAUAUUGACCAGUUUUUUCCAUAGCUUGUAAGUUUGAGAUAAAUUGGAGAUAUAGAGGACAGAUAAAACAUUUUUAUAUUCUGUACUAAUGUUAUGUUAAAUGUUCUUUUAUUGCUUCAAAGUUGACGUUGAUUAAAUUUUUAUUCUUUUGUAGGUUGUACAUGCCUUUAGAAUGCCGAGCCGAACCUGCAAUCCAGGAUCUAUAUGCCUGGUUGAAGACAGAACCGGAAUUGGAUGUUCAAAAUAACAGAAAAUGCAUCGACACUAGAACAUUCACGAGACCUAAGAAACGAUCGGCUAGAAUGAGCUUUGAAUCGAGUUUCGAAGGACUACCACCUUCUACGACGGAUAAAGAGAAGCUACAGGAUGUUACGCACAUAGAAAAUGUGGGAAAAUGUUUACCUGCAACGAUUGGAGAUAAAGAAUCUGUGCCACCGAUUUUGAAGCCAUCCACCAAAGCUACUAUGAAUGUUUUAUCCGACGAAAACUCCGCGAUGUCGGGGCAGGAAAACAUGGAAGCUUUCCUAAACUUGUCGCAGUCCAAAGGAAUAGAUUCAUUCAUAAAUUUAGGCGAACCAGAGUUCAGCGAUCUGUUGGACGUGUCGCAGCCUUCUAUUUUGAAUGCGUCUGUUAUCGCGUCUAUAAACGAGUCCAUAUUCGUUAUAAACGACGUAUCAGUGAUAAAUAAGAACAUGGCUCAAAGCAUUAGCGAUAUGGAAGAAAGCUCAAACUCCGAUGAUGUCGACAAAACGUUCGUGAUGCAGGAAGACGACAAUAGCCUGGAUGAGAUAAAUCGUACAAAUACUCUAGGCAACACCUGCAAAGAAUCUCUUCAAUUGGAUAAAGGCUUGAACGAGACGUACAACACUGGAGUUCCUAGCGGAUCUUCACUGUCAAGAUCGAGUCUCGGCAAAGGAGAAAUAGUUACUUUGUCUUCCACUUUUGUAACCGAGCCUAACGCUAAUGCUACCUUCGUGCAAUCGCAAAAUGAAGCAACUGAUGACGUCAAGUCGUUAGAUACUACAUAUCUGUCCUUGGCGAAAGGCGCCGAGAGACCAAAUUCGCCCGUGUCGAUUAACGACACGUACAUACCUAGCAUGCGCGCAAAUAAAGCAGAUCUGAAUGUAACGUGUAAUGUUCCGUCGGAUGAAAUCGAAUCCGUGGUCCUUCUCACGCGCGAGACACUCGCGAAGGAGAGCGCUUUAGAUAUAUCUUCCAAGGUGCCUAUCUAUAAUCAAUCCACGCCGAUGAAUCCAAACAUGUUGGACGCAGCACCGAAAUUCGCUACGAAGCAUCUGGACCAACCGCAGCCAACUGUGCGUCCCACCUUGAAAGCUCCCACGUCGUUGAGACGAGAGUUGCUGGCAGAGAUUCAACGAAGCGGCGAGCGCAAACUGGACUCCACGUACAAUCAUAUCCCUGGUGAUCAUCCCGGGUCGAGGGACACCAAGAAGAAUGUUCACGUAGCCUGUAACGAGAAUGAGACUAACAGAUUCCACACGUACAAGAAAACAGCGUUUAGGGCGAUGGCCAAUCAGGGCACAAGUCAGAACGAAACGGCUGUAAUUUUACUAUAUUAUACACGGAGAAUUAAAAAAUACGUGAAAUAUUAAUUACCAAUUGGUGGACUGAA